UCUUCUCUCCAGCAAAACAACAAAACAACCAACAUGUCCGGAAGAGGAAAGACCGGCGGAAAGGCCAGAGCGAAGGCGAAGACCCGCUCUUCUCGGGCCGGCCUCCAGUUCCCCGUCGGCCGUGUCCACAGACACUUGAGGAAGGGUAACUACGCCCAGCGUGUCGGUGCCGGAGCUCCGGUGUACCUGGCGGCGGUGCUGGAGUACCUGACCGCUGAGAUCCUGGAGCUGGCUGGAAACGCUGCCCGCGACAACAAGAAGACCAGGAUCAUCCCCCGUCACCUGCAGCUGGCCGUCCGCAACGACGAGGAGCUCAACAAGCUGCUGGGCGGAGUGACCAUCGCUCAGGGCGGCGUGCUGCCCAACAUCCAGGCGGUGCUGCUGCCCAAGAAGACCGAGAAGGCCGCCAAGAAGUAGAGACGACCCGGCUACACACACCCACACAACGGCUCUUUUAAGAGCCCCCACAUCCACUAAAGAGAGAGACUCAUGUUUACCUAAUGCACUGAAUGCAUGUUUUAGUCAAAUAAAUAAGAUUAUCACACUUUAUCUUUAGGUUUCUUUAUUCACAUUAUACAGUUUAUUUA